GGGGCGCUCCGUGCGGCCUCCUCCGGCUCCCCGGAGGUCCUGCUGACCAGGGAGCGGUACGGCCUGCGGCGCCUGCCCUUCUCCCCUCUCUCCGACGGCGAUGUGGCGCGCUUCGAGCGCAUGAUGCCGGGCAGAGUCGUCACCAGCGAGGAGGAAUUGAAACCCUUUAACGUGGACUGGCUUAGAUCAGUCCGAGGCUCUAGCAAGCUGAUGUUGAAGCCACAGACAACAGCAGAGGUGUCUCAAGCUCUCAGGUACUGCUAUGAGAGGAACCUGGCAGUGAACCCACAGGGGGGUAACACAGGCCUUGUUGGGGGCAGCGUUCCUGUCUUUGAUGAGAUCAUUCUGUCCACUGCUCUCCUGAACCGAGUCAUCAGCUUUGACAAGGUGUCUGGAAUCCUUGUGUGCCAAGCUGGCUGCAUCUUGGAGAAACUCAAUGAGUACUUGGAGGAGCAGGGGUUUAUCAUGCCACUUGACUUGGGAGCGAAAGGUAGCUGUCACAUCGGUGGUAACGUGGCCACAAAUGCUGGAGGCUUACGGCUCUUGAGAUAUGGCUCUCUCCGAGGGACGGUACUAGGACUGGAAGUGGUGCUUGCUGAUGGCUCAGUUCUGGACUGCUUGGCAUCUCUCCGCAAAGAUAACACUGGCUAUGAUUUGAAGCAGCUUUUCAUUGGAUCUGAGGGGACCUUGGGAGUUAUCACUGCUGUCUCCAUACUCUGUCCUCAGAAACCUAAGGCUGUGAAUCUGGCGUUCCUAGGGUGUCAGAGUUUCGCUAAGGUUCUGGAAACAUUUACAACCUGCAGAGCCAUGCUAGGAGAGAUCCUGUCUGCCUAUGAGUUCAUGGAUGAGAAGUGCAUGGAGUUGGUUGAGACACAUCUCAAGCUGUCCAGCCCAGUGACAGGCAGCCCUUUUUAUGUUUUAAUUGAAACUUCAGGCUCCAACUCGAACCAUGAUGAAGAAAAAUUGAACAACUUCUUAGAACAGGCCAUGGCUUCUGGUUUGGUCACUGAUGGAACUGUGGCAACGGAUGAUAAGAAAAUAAAGAUGCUGUGGAGCCUGCGAGAGAGGAUCACAGAGGCCCUCACUCACGAUGGCUGUGUCUACAAAUACGACAUCUCUCUCCCUGUGGGAAAGCUGUAUGAUCUCGUGACUGACAUGAGGGCUCGACUGGGCCAGAGUGCCAAAAAUGUGGUGGGCUAUGGCCACUUGGGAGAUGGAAACUUGCACUUGAACGUCACGGCGGAGUCCUAUAGCCAUUCCCUGCUGGAUGCCAUUGAACCGUUUGUGUACGAGUGGACUGCAAGAUACAAUGGCAGUAUCAGUGCAGAGCACGGACUGGGCUUCAAGAAAAAGCAGUUCAUUCAGUACAGCAAACCCAGUGAGGCGAUCUUUCUAAUGCAGCGUUUCAAAGCGAUGUUAGACCCCAAAGGGAUCCUCAAUCCGUACAAGACGCUGCCCUCCAGUUCCUGA